AUGGACGCUUUUCUUAUUCGGAGAGCACCCCAAUUGAAAGAUGAACGUGCUCAUGCGACGGAUGAGCCGCCUUCUAAGAGAGCUAAGAGGGAUGAGGGUCGCGUGGGCGCUGAGGAAUCAGAUGAAGACCUUCGGCCUAGGAGUCCACCGUUGAAACGCUUGCCAGUGGUGCGGAGAGCAGAUACUCUGGUUUCAGAGCUUGGUGAUGAUGAUACCCCGCAGAAUUCGGAGGCAGAGGUAGAUGCAGAAGCUGACGUACCGAGGCGGACUGCCAUUGAGGAUUCACUGCCCGAAACCAAGUCUGGAAAAGAAGCCUUGGAGGAAUAUGAAAGAUUCAGAGCGUCACAAGACGAUGGAAGCUCUGCAUCUGCUGCGUCGAGACUAGAUUCGAGGAAGUGGGUGAGAGGUAAGACGUCACUCUAUGUGGAUGCUUUUAACCUCGCUCUUGGCACCGUUCUCGACGAGGAAUCUCAUUUAUUCGAUGACAAGGAAAUGUAUAUUUUUGGUCAAUGGAAUAAGUUAAGCUAUGACGCCCAAUUCCUAUACGUGCGGCUAUUCCUCAGGAAGACUGCAUCGUGGCAUCGUAUCGCUCGUCUACGUUAUCACGAUGAUAUUUCAGAUACUGAGGCAGCUGUUGGUGAAUUACAGGAGAACCGGGACUUACCAGCCAGUUCUUCCGGUCCUAGUCCUACCUUUAUAUCUACGGAUCCGGAGUCUGAUUCUUUGGCUCAAGAUCAAAUUUUGCUUAGUGACAAUUUCACUUUUGCAGAUACAUCAGAACAGUAUAUUACCAGUGUCGAAGAAGCUGUGGAACUCCUAAGCUUAGACGAGGUCAAAGCCUUGGCUAAAGAGGCCAAGGUGCAAGGCAAGAAUAAGGCCGAGCUUGCAAGAUCUAUUUGCAGAAUGAGUAAUCAACAAGCAGGCCUCUUUUCUUUAGGCCUUCGCCGAUCUAGCACUAUUGUUUCCGUCGACUCGCCAGGUCGUGAUACACCAGAGGUGGACUCACCAGCCGCAGAUCCUAGUAAAGAUUCCAAUAGGAGAAAGCAUUUCUUGGAUAAAAUCUUAGCUACAGCUGGACCUUGUAUAAGGCUUUCCUUACCCGUUUUCAAAUUAUUCGAGAGGGUUCACCUAGUCUUUUAUAGGUCUACCGAAUGGACAGAGAAGUCUCUGAUUACGAUUAUUCUUGCAAAAAUAUCAAAACGUAAUUUCCCCAAAUACGUCGUUAGCAGGUCUGCAAAUAUUUUUAACUCGAGGACUCAAUUGUUGGAAUUCGAGACAGCUAUGAGGAAUGAAUACGCCGUUGACAGUAUUUUGGAGUUUAACGGACCCGUCACAGAGGUGGCCUUUCGAAAGGUGAUAGAUGUUUUUGAGAAGAUAUACCCAAGAUGGAAGACUCUUCUUCAUGAGGAGCAGGAGAAAGAGGAGAGAGCCUAUGAAUCUGGAGAAGGCGCUUACUUGAGACGGCUAAAUCCUGCUCACCCAUACACACGAAUCGUUCAUAAAGCAGCCCACGUUUUUGGCCGGCUGAAAGAACAUCAGCAGGAACAUGCACUUCUGACCGAGUUACUUGACCAGCGCCUAUUCCACUUGGCUCGUCGGGGUUCUUGGUAUCAACGAAAGGCUCUGCUGGAGGAACACUAUAUGCAUGCUUUGGAGACCGAUCCUACCUAUAAGGAUUCAGACCUGCAGAAAAAGCAUUGGAAACGCAUUGCAGCAACUACCUGUGAAAUUGCCUUGGAGGAUCGAGAUUGCCAUAUGAUCUAUCAUUAUGAUAUACAGAAGAGGUUGGUUAAACUUGAGAAGCAGCUCAAAAUUCCAAAACGUUUACAACAUGAUUUCGGUCACGUCCGACUGCAGAAACCUGAAGAGCAUUUUGUCGAAGGAAUUCAGCUGAAGAAGGAUGAUGUAAUGGGCAAGAAGGGGAAGGGAGCGAGUACUAAAACUAUAUGGGUAGACGAGGCUGAGGGCGGAGGCGAGUGUAGCGUGGAAGCCAUGUGUUUAAGUUGGUAUAGGGACCAGGGCUGGAAAGGCUACCAUGCCGAAGGAGGUAUCAUAAGGACGCUCUUCGCGUACCUCUUUUUCGAUAUACUCUUCCUCUACAUACCAAAUGUCUUUCAGACCGAGUACCAGACGUGCCCGCUGGAUCUGCACACCGACGCCUUCUACCCCACCAGAGCGUCUGAGAUCAAUCACCGCCUAGUCGAGAUCGCAAACGGUGAUGCGGUGAAGCUGGUCGAGGAGGUUGACCGGCGGGAGCGCGAUAAUCGUACUUGUGUCGUCGGGCUCAACUGGGAUUACGAGUUGGAGGACCUCCUCGAACUGGCCGGCUGCUUUGACGGCGCAGCACUAGCCGCCAUAUGCAAGGUCAUGGCACAGGAAUAUGGCCAGAGAGGCGGCGGCAUACCAGACCUGAUCCUCUGGAGGACAGAACCGAGCAAGGAAGUGAUGUUCGCUGAGGUUAAGAGCGCCAAUGAUCGUCUCAGUGAUACGCAGAGGCUGUGGAUUCACGUUCUUACCGGCACUGGCGUAAGGGUGGCUCUAUGCAAUGCCGUGGCAAAGGAAGUCAGGGAGGUCAAUGGAGAUGACAGAAGCCAGUAA